AUGGCGCAAGGUACUGCACCAGCCGUAGAAAGGGAGGAGGGAUCUCGAGCCUUCGGUUGGUAUAGUCAGGUCAAGCUUCGCGGGGAUUUGCAGCUGACAGGUGCCAAUGCGCAAGGACAUCUUGUGGAAACAACAGAAUGGAUGGGUGAGUACCGAAAUGGCAAAUACUACAAAGUAUCUAAGAGUACUGGGCAUCUUACUGACAUUGCCCUUUCUACUAGACUCAAUGCACAAGAGCAGCGUGAGCUGCAAGGUCGGAUGGAAAAGAAGCAGAUGAAAGAGUUCAUGACUAUGUACUCGAGGCUGGUCCAGAGAUGCUUUGACGACUGCGUGAACGAUUUCACAACAAAAUCCCUUCAAUCGAAAGAGGAAGGCUGCGUAAUGAAGUGCGUUGACAAAUACCUAAAAGGAUCGGAGAGAUUGGGACAGCGUUUCCAGGAACAGAAUGUCGCCAUGCAAUCAGGACAGCUGCCAGGCCGAUGA